GCUAGCAUUCCAAUUUAUUUUCUUCUUUCUGUUUGUUCUUGAAUUCUUCUUUAGUCUCUAAAUAUUUGGAGUCCUUUCCAUUUCUGUGGUGAUUUUGUCUUGUCUUCUUUUGUUUCAUAUUCUAAAGUCUAUUCUAAUCUGUGUGACUCUACACAAAUUUGGUGGCAUAAUUCUUUGUGUGUCUUAACUUUGAUUUACUCAAGAGAUUGUGAGAAUUUUUGAGUGGAAAAAGGCAAGAGUGCACAUCAUAGAAAAGCCAAUUUGAGGGAAACACGAGAGAAGUGAGGUAAACACUAACAUUUGUUUGUUCUACUUGAAUCUUUUCAUUUGUCAAAGAUGUCAGGAGAAGAGGAGGAGCAACCAGCAGUGCGACUCUCGACCAUCGAAAUGCGGGCUCUUACACAACAUCUGGAAAACUUAAUGAGGAGGCAAACUGAAGAGAUCCACGAAAGGCUGGAUCAAAUGGAGAACCGGAACAAUAGUGACAGUGAAGGCGGGAGGCCACGACGAAUUCAUGAAAAUCCUAGACCUGCUCGGAUUGAAGGAGUCAAAUUCCAAAUUCCUCCUUUUAAGGGAAAGAGUGAUCCAGAGGCAUACUUGGAGUGGGAACUCAAAAUAGAGCAUGUCUUUGCUUGCAACAACUAUGAGGAGGACCAAAAGGUGAAACUUGCAGCUGCUCACUUUUCAGACUAUGCUCUUGUUUGGUGGAAUAAGUUUGCAAAAGAGAGAUUGAGAAAUGAGGAGCCAGCGGUGGAAACAUGGGCUGAAAUGAAACGAAUCAUGAGGAAAAGAUAUGUCCCUUCAAGCCAUGCUAGGGAUGUAAAAUUUAAACUUCAAAAACUUACCCAAGGCAGCAAGAGUGUUGAGGAGUAUUACAAAGAACUUGAGGUGCUUAUGUUGCAAGCCAAUCUUGAGGAGGAUGAAGAGGUAACCAUGAUUCGAUUUAUUAAUGGUCUAUCUAAUGAUGUUAGAGAUAUUGUAGAACUUCAGGAAUAUGUAGACAUGGAAGAAUUGCUGCACAAGGCCACUAAAGUUGAGCAACAACUCAAAAGGAAAGGGCUUGCAAGGAAGAGUUCUACCAAUUCCAAUUCAUCUUGGAGAGACAGAAUGAAGAAUGAAGGGCCGAGCACCCUUAGCAAACCAGCCACCAAACCACAAGCUUCAGCUUCUUCAAAACCUCUUGAACAACCAUCCAAAAAGAGCAAAGAGGUCAAGUGCUUCAAAUGCCAAGGUAUGGGACAUUAUGCUUAUGAAUGUGCCUCCAAAAAGACCAUGAUUCUUAAGGAUGAUGGAGACUACACCAGUGAGUCCGAAGGAGAACAAAGUGAAGAAGAAGAGGAGGCAGCCAUGAAUGGUGAACUGUUGAUGAUCCGAAGAAUGCUUGGUAGCCAACAAAAGCCAAAGAAAGAAAGCCAAAGAGAGAAUAUCUUUCACACAAGAUGUUCUGUCAAUGGGCAGAUUUGCUUGAUGAUUGUUGAUGGCGGAAGCUGUACUAAUGUGGCUAGUGAAAGAAUGGUGGAGAAGCUGAACCUGGUCACAAAACCACAUCCUUGGCCAUACAAACUUCAAUGGCUCAGCCACUAUGGAGAAAUACAAGUAAGUAAGCAAGUUGAAGUUGACUUUUCCAUUGGCAAAUACAGGGAUAAGGUUCUUUGUGAUGUUGUUCCCAUGGAGGCUAGUCACAUACUGCUGGGAAGACCAUGGCAAUAUGACACCAAGGAUUAUGAGGAUGUGUUUCCAACAAGUGUUCCAAGUGGUCUACCACCACUGAGAGGAAUUGAGCAUCAAAUUGAUCUCAUUCCGGGAGCUUCUUUGCCUAAUAGGCCAGCAUAUAGAAGCAACCCACAAGAAACCACUGAAAUUCAAAGACAAGUGGAAGAACUCUUGAACAAAGGGUGGGUAAGAAAUAGCAUGAGUCCUUGUGCUGUACCGGUGAUUUUGGUACCAAAGAAAGAUGGGACUUGGAGAUUUGUUGUGAGUUCGAAAGGAGUGCAGGUUGAUGAGGAAAAGAUCAAAGCCAUUCAAGAGUGGCCCACUCCUAAAUCCGUGGGUGAUGUAAGAAGUUUUCAUGGCUUGGCCAGUUUCUACAGGAGGUUUGUAAAGGACUUUAGUACCUUGGCAGCACCCCUAAAUGAAGUGGUGAAAAAGAAUGUGGGUUUUCAUUGGGGAAAGAAUCAAGAAGAGGCCUUUGCUGCCCUAAAGCAUAAGCUUACCCAUGCACCUAUACUUGCUUUACCUAACUUUGCUAAAUCUUUUGAACUUGAAUGUGAUGCUUCAAAUGUAGGUAUUGGAGCUGUGUUGCUUCAAGAAGGCCACCCAAUUGCUUAUUUUAGUGAAAAGUUAAGCGGAGCUGCCCUUAACUAUUCUACUUAUGAUAAGGAAUUGUAUGCUUUGGUGAGAGCUUUGAAGACCUGGCAGCAUUAUCUUUUGCCCAAGGAAUUCGUGAUUCAUAGUGAUCAUGAGUCGCUGAAAUACUUGAAGGGGCAAGGUAAGUUGAACAAAAGGCAUGCCAAAUGGGUUGAAUUUUUGGAACAAUUUCCCUAUGUCAUAAAACACAAAAAGGGGAAAAGUAACAUUGUGGCUGAUGCUUUAUCCAGGAGACACGUGCACAAUGGAUUUUUAUUUAAGGAAAACAGGUUGUGUGUGCCUAAAAGUUCCAUUAGAGAACUGCUUGUUAAAGAAUCCCAUGCUGGGGGACUAAUGGGUCAUUUUGGAGUCCAAAAGACUCUAGAAACUUUACAGGAACAUUUCUAUUGGCCCAAAAUGAAACAUGAUGUGAUCAAGUUUUGUGAACAUUGCAUUGUUUGCAAGAAGGCUAAGUCUAAGGUGAUGCCACAUGGUUUGUAUACUUCUUUGCCAAUCCCUGAAUACCCUUGGGUUGACUUGUCUAUGGACUUUGUUUUAGGCCUCCCUAGAACAAAGAAUGGUAAGGAUUCCAUUUUUGUGGUUGUUGAUAGGUUUUCAAAAAUGGCUCACUUUAUUCCUUGCAGGAAAGCUGAUGAUGCUUGUCACGUUGCUGAUUUGUUCUUUAAAGAAGUUGUAAGACUUCAUGGGAUGCCUAGAAGCAUAGUUAGUGAUAGGGACACCAAGUUCCUAAGUCACUUCUGGAGGACUUUAUGGGGGAAGUUAGGCACCAAACUUUUGUUCUCUACCACUUGCCACCCACAAACUGAUGGGCAAACUGAGGUGGUUAAUAGGACCCUAGGCACCUUGCUUAGGACUGUCCUUAAGGCCAAUUUAAAGGCUUGGGAGGCGUGUUUGCCUCAUGUUGAAUUUGCUUACAAUAGGGCUGUCCAUAGCACUACCAAUUGCUCUCCAUUUGAAGUAGUGUAUGGAUUUAACCCUUUGACUCCUCUUGAUUUGUUGCCUAUGCCUAACAUUUCGGUGCACAUGAGGAAGGAAAGGUUUCCAGAACAAAGGAAAUCCAAACUCCAACCUAGAGGGGAUGGACCUUUUCAAGUGCUUGAGAGAAUCAAUAACAAUGCCUACAAAAUAGAGCUUCCAGAUGGCGGAGAAUUUGAUUUGAGGUCAAAUCCUUUUCAAGAGGGAGGGAAUGAUGAGGACAAGGACAAGGACAAGGGUCAUGGAGCCCUAAAAGGACUUGGAGGACCAAUGACAAGGGCUAGAGCUAAAAAGGCCAAAGAGACUCUUCAGCAAGUAGUGGCAACCAUUCUUGAAGACAAAGUGGUAGAAGAGAUGGAACCAAAAAUCAUGAUGAUCAUUCAGGCCCAAGAAGAAGAGCCAGCCCACGCAUAGGGGCUGCCAUGUGAUGUUCUGUUUUAUUUUAUUUCAAUAAAAAUGCAAAGGACCAAUUGAAUAAGUUGGAUCCAAAUGCAUUAUGUUGCUGAAUUUUAUUUUAGUGUGUUUAAUCCACUUCAAGUGGUGUGUGUUUGCAUGUGGCGCAUGAAGGGCUUAAAGGGAGGGAUCCAUUCCUUUCUUAAAACUCUUUGAAUGUGUUUGAAUUUCAAUAAGUUCUGAAUGGAGGAGUUACAUCAGCAAAGUCAAAGGAUUGAAGAGCUUUCAAAGCCAAGAAUGGAGUUACAAAGAAAGGGAAAUUAAGUUCAUAAAGAGCAUUGAAUGCUAUAUUCCCUGGUCAGAAUAACAAUCAAGAAAGGGAGUUACAUGAAGCAAUCAGCCACUAAAAACACGUUCAGGGCUGAAGCAUAUCACUAUCUUCCUCUUUUAAUUUGUAACUCCUAGCCUAGGAUUCUUCUAGAGAAAUUACACCUCAUCAUUUUUUUGUAAC